UCCGCGACGCGCCAUGUGUGAAAACAAAACAAUCAAACCCGCGCCGCCGGGCACCUUCCAGCGCCAACGGCCCCGCGUGUGUGUGCCGCUUUUGACAGGCUGAGGAGGCGACUGUGUGCCCUGGUUCGUGUGUGUGGAAACCUGUCAUCCAUUCAUGCGGUCCAGACGUGAAGAGAAGGCAUAGCAGCACAGGAGCAAGGCGUGAGAAGAGGACCUAGACAUGGCGGGUCAGCUGGGCCUUCGCGAGGUUCAGCCAGACCAGUCGGCGUUGCUGCACUGGAGGAACAUUACCAUUGACACGGGUGCGGCCCAGAGCACCCUCCAGGACAUCAAGGUGCCGGAGUAUGGAGGGGGCUACGCCUUCAGCCCUGUGUGCCCCGCCACUCGCAACCGGUACCUCUUCUGGCGGGUGUGUCACGACCUGGUGGAGCUCUGGGAGGAGAGUCUGGACCAGGACUUCAUCAGCAACCAUGUGCAGCUCAGGUUUGCUGACACCCCUGUGCUAGAGGGGCUGAGUGUUCACGAGACAAGGCAGCAUGUGUUCAUCCUGCUGGCCACUGUGUCCUCUGUGCACAGGUUUCGUCUGCCCCACCCCCAGGCCUUCCAGCAGGGAAACAAAGGCCGUCCUCAGUCCAUCCUAAGUGACCUGACCUUUCAGUCUCUCAAAGACUGCCAUCACCUGCACAUCCUCAACAGCAGUGCCACAGGAGAGGGUCUGCCACAUACUGCUAGUACCCAUCUUGUGCCUGGCGAGGGCAUGGCGGUGUUCGUGCUGGGCCAGGCAGAAGGAACACUCACAGUGGUCAGGAUGUCAGAUCCGCCAUUGGGGGUCACCUCGCACACCAUCAAAAACACCUCCAUUGUUAACAGAUUCUUCACAGGCUUUGUCCCAGGAAUGUUCAGGGGAGGAGUGGAAGGCUGUGAGACAGUGAGUAGCAUGGUGGUGGGAGAGGUGGCUGCCGGGGAGGUAGUGGCCAUUGGGGUGUGUCGGGAUGCAAGGGUGCGGGCUUGGUGCUGUUCUCGCCUCCAGUGUGUGCUGCACCACGAUGCCUUAGAGAACACCGCAGAGGCUGGCCGCAGGCUGACGCCUGGGGCCCAGCGUCACCAGGUGAGGAAGGCAGGCGAUGGAGGAAACACUCUAGUGGCGGUGUUCCUCACCUUCGCCGAGAAGCACCUGUUGUUGCUGUACCGGCCCAACAUGGUGCAGGGACAGCUCUCCCUGACGCACCUCAAGACCCUCUACCCACCCCAGUAUGACCUGGUGGACAUGAGCCUCACCCACACCCAUUUCUGGACACUGUGGACAGACUCCUCCAAUGAGACACAGCUGCUGUAUGCUGCAGUAGAAAGUGGGGAAGAGAGCCAGCAGGAGCCUCCUGGCCUUUGCUCAGUGGUUCUGGAGCCUUUGCCAGAGAAAGAGGUGCCCAUCACUGAUCCCUUCCUAGACCUACGUGAAGUGUACCUACGGGAGCUUUUUGUCCCCAAUCGCUUCUCAGCACACACCCUCCGCAAGGCCCUGGGAAUUUACAGGCGUAGCAUUGACCUGGCCAGCCUCGGGGACAGAGGAAUGGCAAGGCUCCAGGAGGAGGUAGAAAUGGCUCUGCGGGAUGAGGUGGAGGCCAGAGUGAGCUCAGCAUUAUCUGAGGAGGAGGUGAUGCAGGUGACUCAUGAAGUUUGGGCCACCUUCUACUCCCACACUCUGCAGUACCACCUGGUUGGGCAAAAGCCUGUGGGUGUAGUUGGAGGAGUGGGUGUGGUGCGGAAACAAGUGGUGUCAUGGGUGAGGCCUGUGGAUGUGGUGGAGGUGAUGGCCAUGCUGCCCCUCGAGGAGGUGAGGAUGGGGGCACUGGCUGAUGUUGUUGGAGAGGACAGUGCAGCCGGCCUAGUCAGCCUGGUUCGCCCUCUACGACUUUUGCACCAGGCCCUGCCACCAGAGCAAGAGGCAGCCUUUUCCCUUGACCUGUACCACCUUCAGCCCCCAGAUUGCCUUGCUGAGGCCCUUGCCUCUUCUCUCCUGGCCCAUGAUGCUGCCCUCUCAGCAGCCCUUAGUCGUCACCUUGCCAGCCUCCCUGGUAUUGUGUCUGCCCUCUGGGCCUACCUUCAUGCUCUACAGUUAGACCUUGGUCUUCCAGAUGCUCUAGCCCAGGGAGAUAGUGGGGCGUGCUCUAGUGGGGCAGUGUCUGGGCUGCUGGCAGGGCGUUCUGGGGCUGCUGUCGUGGGUGCUGUUGUGGGACAGGUAGCACAUGUGAGAUUUCAGCUGUGUCGAGACCUGCUGGUAUUACAACAAGCUGCUCUGCAGUUGCCGCAGUCUUGUUUGCCUGUGGAUGCAGCUGCCACCAUUCGAUCCACACUCCUACCCAAGACAGCUCUUCUCACUCAAGCCUACAUGGCACUGCUGCACUUGGCCACUGCUCCAUCAGAGCGUCCCACCCAGGCCACCUUGGAGACAGCCCGUCGCCAGCUGGCUGUCCUCACGUUUGGCUCCAGCCCGUCCCUCCCCACACAGGCCCGCCCUGCAACUGUCCUGGAACUGUUUUACCUGGGCAAUGGUGGUGAUGAGUCACGGGCCCUGGCCUGGCCAGCCCUAGAGCAGGUGUGGAGCAUGUCUCCUGACUGGGCCACACUGGUCAUGCCUCUGGCCAUAACACUGGCUCAGUUGGCCUGGCCCAUCAGCCGCUGCCUUCUGCUGUUGGAGUGGAUGGUGUGGGCCGGUCAGCACUCAGCAGUACAACAGUAUGUCCGUCUCCUUCAGCCGUGGUGUGAAUGGAACAGCUUUUCUCGUAAGUUUCUUUUGGGAGUGUCGCUGCUAAACCAGGGAGAAGCAGCAAAAGCAGCCCAGUUGUUAAUUGAAGCAAUGGAAGGAGUGGUGAGUGAAGACUUUUUAGGGAUGCAGGUGGCUGGUGGUGCCUCAGACACACCCUCUGAUCAGUUGCGCAUCACAUACUGCCUGAGGGUGGUGCGCCUUUUGGAGCAGGCCGGACAGCCAGCGCUAGCCCUGCAGGCAGCCCAGCAGGGGGUGGCCAUGGCUGGCCCUCAGGAGCCUGCCCUAGCUGCUUUGUACUCAGUGGUGUUCAAGCAUGAACUGGAUCUCCACCACCAUGACGAAGCCUUCACUGCCCUGCUGGCCUGUCCUGACGCACAGCGGCGCCGUGACUGUCUGCGGCAGCUGGUGGUGGCUCUCCAUGACCGCAGGUGCCUGGAGACCCUGAUUGGAUACCAGUAUGGGGGCCUAGAGGGGGAGGUGGUCACCAUCUUGGAGAACCGUGCUCGCUCUGCUGACAUCCUUCUCAACAACUAUUACCACAUUCUCUAUGCCUUCCACGUGUCUAAGCACAAUUACAAGAAAGCGGCAAGUGUGAUGUACGAGUGUGCGUUGCGCCUCAACGUGGAGGGUGUGAGGGAGAAGGGUGUGCGGCAGCAGGGCAAGUGCUAUCUGGCUUGCCUUAACUGUCUCCAGCACAUCCCCCAGCAGGAGGCCUGGAUAGUGAGGCCUCUUACUGCCCAAUUCUCAGAAGACACAUCCAGCUUCCCCAGUAAAGGUGAAGGAGUGAGCCCCAAGAGGAGCAGUGAGGGUGACCCAGUAGCGCCCCCAAUGCCCCGCUGCCGCCCUCAAGUCAAGGUUCUGGAGCUCACCCACAUCCAGCGAGAGUAUGAGCUGGUCCACGCCCGCCUCCUGCUGCUCAAGGCACUGCCCGAUGUGCCGCUCUCUGGAGGUCCCUUGAAUCCUGCUGACACAAUCAGCCUCCUGACACAUGCCAAGCUGUUCCGAGAAGCAGUACAACUAGCAAGGCUGUUUGAGCAGUCUGUAGAGCCCAUUCUGAAGGGUCUAGCACACACAUGCCUCAAUUCUCCGAUCGUGCAGCCGCCCACUCUUGAGGACACCAGUAGAGAGGGAGAUGAGAGGACAGUAUGGUGGAAGAUGUUGAAACAACUGAUAGAGCAAGAAGAAAAGGGCAGUCAGUCAGUGCUUCAUUAUGCUGUUGCCUCUGCCUUACUGCAGCACUCCACAUUGCUACCAGCCUGGCUAGUCACCUCAUACAAGACUCGCAACUGUGGUGAACUGCUGCGCCUUUAUGUGACCCACGGCCUGCUGGAGGAGGCGGUGCGGCUGGCAGUGCAGUACCUGGAUGGAGUGUUGGGCCAGGGCACACGCCAGGUUGGGUUGAGUACUGCAUUACAUGCAGCAGCCCCUCCAGUGUGGCUACCAUACACUGCCUUGGACAAGUUGCUACUUGAGCUCGGUGAAGUACAGCACAAUCAAUAUUACAGAAAGUUACGAGAUGACUUGAUGCGAAAAUUAGAUCUCUACAAGCAAGAACUGGUGCAGGUUUCCCACAAUCGAGUGGUUCUCCUUCAGGCUUGAGGAAAAUGUUAUGGUUUGUCACUGUCAUGUAAUCAUCCCCUUGAGCCUAGAAAGAGUAACAUAAAUGGUAUACUUCUGAUAGAGUACUUUUCUACCUUGAAAUUUCCCAUUACAUCUCUUCAUAAGAGUAACAGUUGGCUGUUGUAUUUUUUUAUUUCAAUAAAUCGAGCCAAGUCACAUGAAAAAUUAUAAGAAAAAUAUUUUUUUUUUUUUUUUAUUAGUUUCAAGCUCAUAGGAUGAAUCUAAUAUUAAUGUAAUGCAUAAUGUUUUUUAUUGUAAUCAGCGU